UCUACCUCCUACGUGCAUCUGUAUUUCUCUGCACCCGCAAGUCACAACCCACCAUACUGCUAGCAAUCAAAGUUUUCUCUCAUCAUAUCUCUCUCCCUCUCUCUGCCCCCACUUAAAAAUAUCACACCCCCCUUCCGUGGUGGUCAAUGGCCGAACCAGAAACAAAAUGAUGGAUUCAUCAGAGACCAGACCCCACCGCACCACCACCACCACAACCUCCCUCUUCAUCUGCUUCACCUCUCGCCCCUCCUCCUCCUCCUCGAUGAAGAUCCCCUCCACCAGCCCAGGCCGCGCACGCGACACACCCGCCUCGCUCUCCGCUUCCCUUAGCCGCCGCCUCAAGUCCAACGGCAGCCUCAAAGGCGGCCACCAGUCCCCCAUGUUCCCCGUCGCCGGAGGCGGAAAACGACGCGGUUUCGAAAACCCAGAGCCCUCUUCCCCUAAGGUCACCUGCAUCGGGCAGGUCCGAGUCAAGACCAAGAAACAGGGCAAAAAGAUCCGCACCCUCUCCAGGCGAAGAACAAGAAACAGUAAUGCUUUAAAUUCGGGAGGUAAUCAGCCGGAGAGCGGCGGCGUGGCGAUUCACCACAGGAACCAGAGGUGGGUCCACCUGCCGCUGACCAUCUGCGAGGCGCUGAGGAAGGGGUUCGGGGCCGAAUUCAGCUGCCUGUUUCCGUGCCGGCCGCCGUCGUGCUUGAGGUCGGGGAAGGAGGGGAGAGAGAGGGGGAGGAAGGGGUCUUGCGGGGUCGUGCUCGUGUCGUUGAACGAAGAGGGGAGAGAGAGGGAGGUGGCGGAGUUUUUUGAUAACUCAGGUGUUCGGGGCAGCUUUCGGACACCACGACUAAUUCUGGGGGACCAAUCCCCAGAGGUGGACGGGGUUGAGGAGAGGAGAGAGAUUAGAGAGAGGAUUAGCUUGAGGAGGCAUGUGGAUGAUGAAGAGGAAGAGGUUGAGAUGUUUGAAGGUGAGAAAUGUGAGGGAGCAGGGGGGAGACUGAGCAUUUGUGCUCCUCCGAAGAAUGCUUUGUUGUUGAUGAGGAGUAGGUCUGAUCCUGUUAGGGUUUCUGCUCUUGCUGCUCGGUUCUGGGAGGAAUCCACUGCUGCUGAUAAAUGUGAAGAGGAAGGGGAUGAUUGUGAUAAGGACGAGGAAGAUGAUGAAGCUGUAGGAGAAGGUGAAGUAGUGAAGGUUGGUUUAGGGUUGACAGUGGGUAAAAAGGUUGAAGAACCUGAGAAGUCGGGUUCGAUUGAUCAAUUUUUUGAAGGAGAAGAGGAAGGGAAGGCUGAACCAGACGUGGGUAUGGUGGUUGAAGAAGGCGAAGGUGAUGAAAACACAGAGGAGGGAAAGUUGGAAAUCAAUGAGCAGAUGCGGCUAGAAGCAGAUGAACAAGAAAAUCCAGAAUUUUUAGAAGAAAUCCGAGAAUUAGAAGCAGGGGAAGUUAAUCAAGAAUUUGUAGAAGAAAAUCAAGAAGCUGUUGCAGAUCCAGCGAGUGUUGAAACUGAAGAUGCUCUCUUGAUUAGAGAAGGAGAACAAGAUGAUGCACUAGUGCAAGAGAGAGGAGAGAGUAAUUUUUCGUCAGUGCUUUCUCUUCAUUUAUCUUCAGAAGUUGAAGAAGAAGAAGAAGAAGAAACAGAGGAGUCGACAUUGAAUGUAGAAGAAGAAAAUGCACUUGAAGAGAUGGAGGCCCAAGAUUCUCCAUUGAAAGUGGAAGCAGAAGAGGAAGAAGAAGAAGAGAUAUUGACCCAAGAGAGGUCCGAAUCAGAACAAACCCAGGAAGAAGCAGCUGCUAUCUUCUCAUCAGAGGAGAGAGAAGAACACCAAGAACGAGAAGAGAGAGAAAGCAAAGACGUUACACAAUUGUUACCGGACUGCUUGCUGUUGAUGAGGUGCGAGCCGAAGCUAUCAAUGGAGGUAUCGAAGGAGACAUGGGUGUGCACCACCGACUUCAUCCGGUGGCUACCCGGGAGGCCGCAACCGAAGCCAUCAACCGACGGCGGUGGCGAGCCGAAGAAGAAGAAGAGGGUCGGUAGUACUGACUCCAAUCCGGCGCCGUACCAGCUGCCGAGGUCCUCGUGCUCGCUGCCGGCCGCUCAGGCAGGCCGAGUCUCGACGGCGGCGAGGAUGGAGCAGCAGAGGGCGGUCAACGCCGCGGUGGCUUGCGAGCCGUUGGUGCUGACCCGGUGUAAGUCGGAGCCGAACAGGACGGCGGCGGCCAAGCUGAAGCCGGAGAGUUGUUUUUGGAAGAACAGGAGGCUUGAGCCGCACAGCCGAGCCGUGGUUGGUGUCGGCGCGGCGGCGGGGGUUGGGUUCUGAGCCGAGGUGAUUGAUUGAGUUGAGGUACUAUACUUGGGUGUGGGCGGUCGUGUGGGGAAAUGUGUUCUGGCACACUGCACAGAGCUGUCACUGCAGCUCGAAUUUCUGUACAUUUUUAUUUCUUUAAUGUGGAGUAAUUGUUUAUUUUAAAAUUUCGUUUUUUUAGUCUCCCAGGUUAUAAUAGUAAUUUUGUAGUUGUGCAUAUAGGUCGAUCUGAGUAUGUGUGAGAAGCUUGUAUCCCCCCAUGUUAAAUGUAUUUUUGUGAGCUUAUAUUGCUUUCAUCA